AAAACUUAGCUUCAUUGAAUUCUUUUUUUCCCCAGGGAAUCUGAAUGUUGCAUUCAAUAUAAUUUGUAAUGAGCUUGGAAAUGAAUGGCGGAUGUUUGCAAGAAAACUGGGACACAAAGAAGCAUUACUUCAGCAGAUCGAAUACAAACAUCCACGCAACAUGCGAGAACAGAUUCAGCAGUCUUUGAUAGAGUGGCAGAAAAGAGAAAGAGAACAAGCUACUGUAGAUAAACUGCUAUCAGCACUAAGGAGCUGCAAACUUAACAUGGUAGCAGAUUCUGUUGAAGAAGAGUUGCAGGCCUGUUCCUAUAGGGAACAGUUCCUAUGCCUAAGAAGAGUGACUUCAUGAAAACAAAAUGGUGAAAUUGACCAGUCCUUGGACACAG